CAUUGCAGCCCCACAGGUCUUCUACGACCUAAUCUGCGCAUUUGACACGGAAGAACUAAGGAUCCCAGACCGGAACCCUACUGCACCGUCAACUGUGCUCCUUUUCGGCUUCGUUUUCAGAUGGCCAAGAAUCGGCUCAAGAAAAAAAGUAAAAGGCUCACUUGCCACAAGCGUUACAAAAUACUUAAGAAGGUCAGAGAACACCAUCGGAAACUGCGGAAAGAAGGGAAGAAUAAUAUGAACAAAAAGAAGAAGGACCCGGGCGUUCCAAGUAACUUACCGUUUCGGGAAGAACUGUUCCAGCAUGUUGAGCACUUGAAGACUGUCACCAGUGAGGUUCGAUUAUACAAUCUUAAAUAUGGUGUUCGCGGACAAAAUGACGAUUCAGCUAGCGAUCGCGUAAGACCUGUGUCAUCAACGCGUGAUGCUGAAGCGGUCAUCAACGAAUCAGAUGUAAUCCUGGAAGUUUUGGAUGCCCGCGAUCCACAAGGCACCAGGAAUCCCGACAUAGAAUCAAAAGUUCUGUCAUCUGGCAAACGGCUUGUUCUUGUCCUAAACAAAAUUGACUUAAUUCCAAGGGCAAACUUACAGCUUUGGCUGCUAUAUCUGAGAAGGAAAUUCACGGUUUUACCAUUUAAAGCCAGUCUGCAACAUCAGAAAAGAAAUCUGUCUCGCGCAAAAUUACCUUGGAAUCCAGCCCAUUCUCUAAAAACUGCAACACAGGGAUCUCGCGGUUUAGGUGUUGAUGAACUGAUGUCGCUUCUGGCAAACUACACUCGGACUUAUAAUUCCACGCAAGAAAAUCGCUUGGGAUUAACUGUGGGUGUUAUCGGCUACCCUAACACCGGAAAAAGCGCUAUCGUCAACACGUUGAAACGCCGAAAGGUUUGCGCUAGUAGUAACGUUCCUGGGCUUACUAAGCGGCUGCAGCGAGUUAAGCUGGACAAGAACAUCUUCCUACUCGACUCUCCCGGUGUAUUUGUUUUGAAACAAGCUGACAAAUCUGAUUUAGCCUUGAAAAACUGCCUAAAACCGGAAUUAUUGCCCGAUCCGAUUCCUGUCAUCGAAGCUAUUUUGGCUCGUUGUCCCAAGGAACAACUUAUGUCCAAAUACGAUAUCCAGGACUACUCUGACGCCCGCACCUUUUUAGUGCAGAUUGCGCAUCGCCUUGGAAGACUGAAGAAAGGCGGCGUGCCAAACACGACAUUGGCAGCUCGUUCGAUCAUUAACGACUGGAUCACCGGAAAGAUCUUAUACUUCACCGAACCUCCGCCCGUGACUGUCGAAGAAGACUCUCCUUCCUCAAAUACCAGUUUACCAAUGGAGACAAUGGAAUCAAUUGAAGAAAGGAUGAUAGCAUAAUCGAGUUGUACAAAUAGAUUACACAUUCUAAUUUUUCUUGUGAUACUAUUUCGAUUUGAC